CUCACUAUCCUCUAGACGCCAAUUCACGACGAGCAGACUCUGCUCUCCUGCCCUCGCUUCCCCCCGACUUUCUUUUAGCUUCUUUUGGUGCUGGGUCGCCCUAUAUUCUUUGAAUUUCUUCGAGCAAUAAAGCACCUUUUGACCACGACACCCAACGAACUGCGAUAAUCACUAUCUAUCGUUUCAAAUUUCCACCCGCAAUCUGAUAUCUAUUCCAACGCAUUAACAUUAAACGAUCAACAUGAUUCCAGCACGCAAACUGUAUUUUAUUGGAUUGAACGUUGUCCGAGCUUUGAGCAUCGUCUCGCUCAUCCUUGUAUUUUCGAGCACCAUUUUCGUCAUGGUCAACAACAUCAAGGCUGUCAAUGCCUUUGAGCAGGCCAAGGUUGAGGCCAACGCUACUGAGGUUGCAGAGCUCCUUGACUGCGAGUACAUUGAGGGAAGCACAGUUCCCAACCAGGCUGCUGGUGUAUUCUGGGCCAUCGUCGCCAGUCUCUUGAUCGUUUUCCAAACCAUCAUCCUCUUCUUGUCCGAAGUCAGCUGGCCCAUGUCCUUCUUCGACCGCUUCUUCCCUGUCCUCGGCUCUGAAUUCGGCCUCGGUGCUCUCGGUAUCUUCCAAGGCCUCAUCGCCACGCAAAUCCUCUCCCACCACGUCGACGACUUCACCCUCGUCUCCGCCUUCUUCCUCUUCUCCCUCGGCUGCGUCAACAUGCUCCUCGGCCUCAUCUUCCGCGCUGGCGCCAAGGAGAAGCGUUCGAUCCGAGGAUGGCGCGCAGAGACCAAGGGUGUCUUGCCUAAGGAGAAGGAUGGCCGACCCGUCUUCGCCACCCCCACCCCCACCUACAUCUCCAACUCGUUCACCGGUGCCUCCAUGGUCGAGAAGGGCGGAUACCUCCCCGAACGCAGCGACAGCUGGAGGAGCACGGACAAGGCUGGUCUUGGCUUCGGUCGUCAAGCUGAGAAGGCUGCUGGCCUCCGUGGUUUCAUGCUCCAGAAGCCUGAAGAGUCUCUUCCCCGAUAUGUCACCCCCAUUCCUACCCACCACUCGCAAUUGAGCCGAAGCAACACCACCUCAUCCACCUCGAGCUUCUCAGCAAGCGAACAUGACAGCAGGCAGGAACAGCUGCGUGAGGCUAUCUAUGCUCAGACACAACCCAAGCUCAGGGACCCUGCCGGAUCUCGACCUGGAACUCCGCCAGUCUUCAAAUCGAGCCAGACUGCCUUGUAGACGAUGACAUGCAUAUGACUGUGACGAAAAUGGACACUCACUUGCCCACACCUUCGCUUUGGAC